AUGGACGAGUACAACAAACAAGCGUCCGAGUUCAUCUUCCGCGAGAAUAACGCCGACGGGCGCGUGCCGGCCGAUACGAUCGAUCUACAUGGGCAGUUCGCCGAGGAGGCGGAGGAGAUUCUCGAACAGAGGAUCAAAUAUGCCAAGGCGCAUGGGCAGACUCAUCUCCAUGUGAUUGUGGGAAAGGGAAACCACUCCGCCAACCACGUCCAGAAGAUCAAGCCGCGAGUCGAACAGGUCUGUCGCGAGCUGGGGCUGCAGUAUGCCACCGAGGAGAACGCGGGCCGGAUCUAUGUGAAUCUGACCGGGGGCCCGGCGGAGAUGCCGCCCUCCACUGGGCACGGACAUGGACAUGGACAUGGACAAGGCCAUGGGCAGAGCUACAGUCAUGGCCAGCCGGCGCAUCAACAGUACCCCGGUCAACAACCGCAUCACCAACAGCAGGGUGAGCAGCAGCAGGACGAGAUCGAGCAGGUGGUCAAUGCGAUCCUUCCCCGGGUGCUCCGCAAGCUCGAGAAGGCUUGUUGUACAAUUAUGUGA